AUGCCAUCUUCCCCCUCGAGCCCGAAGAUCCAGAGUUUCACAGCAGACCUCUCAGGACCUGAUGCCGAAGAAAGGCUGGAAGCCGUGUUCAAACAAGCAGGGCCUCUAAACCAUGUCGUCUUCACAGCCGCCAACUCGCUCUCUCUGAUGAUGCUACAAGAUCUUACUCCCGACAAGAUCCUGGCCGCAUGCCAGAUGUGCCUCGUCGCCCCUCUGAUGGCAAUCAAAGUCGCGUCGCGGUACCCUCCGAAGAGUAACGAGUCGACAUUCAUCAUUACCAGCGGUAGCGCGGCACACAAGUCUACACCCGGCUGGUCUGUCGUGUCGUAUUUUACGGCGGGCUCACAGGGGAUGGUGAAGCAGCUGGCAGUGGAGCUGAAGCCUUUGAGGGUCAAUGCUGUUGCUCCGGGCCAUGUUGAUACUGAGCUAUGGGAUCACAUGAGUGCGGAGUAG